AUGACCUCUGAAAAUAUUAUAGUUGGGGUGUCCAAUUUGCCCAACCAGCGCUUCAAAAUAGUGUCUGAACAAGGUGGAACUUUCACAAUGAUGGUGUGUGGUGAAUCGGGUUUGGGGAAGACUACGUUUAUCAACACCUUAUUCCAAACGGCUUUGAAACAUGCGGAUCCUCACCAACGUCGCAACCAGCCCAUCAAGAGAACGGUGGAAAUUGACGUGAUGCGUGCCAUCUUGGAGGAAAAGAAUUUCUCGCUAAGAGUCAACGUUAUCGACACGCCUGGUUUUGGCGACAAUGUCAACAACAACAAGUCUUGGCAAACCAUUGUGGACUUUAUCGAUGAACAACAUGAUUCGUACAUGCGUCAAGAGCAACAACCGCACCGUGACGUGAAAUUUGAUCUUAGAGUUCACGCGGUGUUGUAUUUUAUCAGACCCACAGGACAUGGGCUCAAACCACUCGAUAUUGAAACUAUGAAACGGAUUUCAACGCGUGCCAAUUUGAUUCCCGUGAUUGCUAAAUCGGACACUUUGACAGCCAAAGAAUUGCAAGAAUUUAAGCUUCGGAUCAGACAGGUGGUGGAGGCUCAAGAUAUCCGCAUUUUCACACCUCCAUUGGACGAAUCGGAUUCUCCGGACCCUGCAGUCAUGGAACACGCCCGCCAGCUUAUUGAAUCUAUGCCAUUUGCGGUGAUCGGAUCAGAAACCAAGUUCGACAAUGGUCAGGGAACUAUGGUUCCUGCAAGAAAAUACCCAUGGGGGGUCGUGGAAGUGGAAAACGACAACCAUUGUGACUUCCGCAAGCUGAGAAGUCUGUUGUUGAGAACAAACUUGUUGGACUUAAUACUUUCAACUGAAGAAUUGCAUUACGAGGCCUACAGGAAGCUCCGUCUCGAAGGAUCUGGUGCGUCUGAUGAUCAAUCUGUGCCAGUACGUGCACCUGCCAGGAAACUGUCACACAACCCACAGUUCAAGGAGGAAGAAAAUGCUUUGAAGAAGUAUUUCACUGACCAAGUUAAGGCAGAGGAGCAGAGGUUUAGACAAUGGGAACAAAACAUCGUGAAUGAGAGAAUCAGAUUGAACGGUGAUCUAGAAGAUGUGCAGACGAAGGUCAAGAAAUUGGAAGAACAAGUGAGAGCUUUGCAAUUGAAACGGCAUUGA